GCCAGCUGGGAAUAUUCUGAUCGUUGCUCUUACUCCCCUCUAAUAUAAACUUUAUAGUCAAAAAAUCAUUGCCUGAAACUUGCAGCAAUCGUUCAGACUCUAUCUAUUACAGUAUUACUACAGUGCUUUCCCAGUUCUCGUUGGACAAUGGUGGGUGAACCAGUUAACUUGAACGAGUUUCAAGAAUUGGCUAGGCAAGCCCUUCCAAAAAUGUAUUAUGACUUCUAUGCUGGGGGAGCUGAGGAUCAGUACACGCUAGAAGAGAACAUGGAAGCAUUUCGUAGAAUCAUUUUUCAUUGUUUUCUCAGGAUUCGGCCUAGAGUUCUUGUGGAUGUCAGUAGAAUAGAUUUGUCAACUUAUGUAUUGGGGUACAAUAUAUCGGCACCCAUUCUGAUAGCUCCAACUUCCUUGCAUAAGUUGGCACACCCUGAAGGAGAGGUUGUUACAGCCAGAGCAGCCGCCGCAUGUAAAACUAUAAUGGCUCUAUCCUUCACAUCUUCUUGCACUUUGGAGGAGGUUGCUUCCAGCUGCAAUGCUGUUCGGUUCUUUCAAAUAUAUGUAUACAAGAGGCGAGAUUUAUCAGCUCUGUUGGUGCAGAGAGCAGAGAGAAAUGGAUACAAGGCUCUUGUCCUAACUGCUGAUUCUCCCAGAGUUGGACGAAAGGAGGCAGACAUAAAGAACAAAAUGAUUUUACCUAAACUGAAGAAUACAGAGCGUUUCUUAUCACUUGAAGCUUCUUCUGAUAAUGGUUCAAAUUUAGCAGCUGUUGCAAAAGAAACGAAGGAUGCUUCCUUUUGUUGGAAGGACAUAGAAUGGUUAAGUACAAUUACAAACAUGCCAAUCCUUAUCAAGGGACUACUUACUCGUGAAGAUGCAAUAAAGGCUGUAAAAGUAGGUGUUGCUGGGAUUGUUGUCUCCAACCAUGGUGGUCGCCAGCUUGAUUAUGCUCCUGCUACUAUUACUGUUCUGGAAGAGGUGGUUCAAGCUGUUGGAGGGAGAAUUCCUGUUUUCUUUGAUGGAGGAGUGCGGCGAGGAACAGAUGUCUUCAAGGCAUUAGCCCUUGGUGCACAAGCCGUCCUUAUUGGAAGGCCUGUUAUCUAUGGACUAGCGGCUAAGGGAGAAUAUGGGGUGAGGCAAGUUAUCCAAAUGCUGAAGGAUGAACUUGAGCUCACCAUGGCUUUAUCUGGCUGUCCUAGUGUGAAGGAUAUCACUAGAAGGCAUGUGAGGACAGAGCGUGAAAGACUCCAUUCAAUGCUCUAAUAAAAUGUUAAAGCGUUAACAAUAUUUUUGAGAAAAAUUAUUUAGAUCAUCAUGGUUGCGUUUGGAAACUUGGACUUGAAUUUGGAUAUGGGUUUUAAAUUAAUAGAUUUGAAAUGCUUUGAUUUCAAAUA